CUUCUUCCUCUCGCUUCUGUAAUCCCCCAACGUGUCCCCCCACCCCUCUCUCUCUCUCUCUCGCGUCCUAACUCUGCGCUUUCGUCACUCUCUGGACCAAUGGCCAACCGCCGCCUUUCCUCCCCGUUUCUCCUCCUCGUCCUCUUCCUCAUCUCCAUCUCCGCCGUCCGCUCCCGCUACGUCCUUCCCUCCGAUCCUGUCUCCGACGGCCUCUAUCCGCCGCUCGGCCACGGGUCCCCGCUCUAUUUCCCGCUGUUGGCCUCGUCCGACUCCUGCGAUGAGACCUACGGCUUCAUGCCCUGCACGUCCACUUGGAUCGGCAACUUGUUCCUGAUACUGGUGUACGGUUACUUGAUGUACAUGGCCGCGACGUUUCUCUCGACCGGCAGCGAGAUGCUGCUGGAGAUUAUGGGGCCUGGGCUCAUCGGCGGGCUCGUGCUGCCGAUGCUCGGGGCAUUACCCGACGCCAUGCUCAUUCUCGUAUCUGGACUGUCUGGAAGCACAGAAACUGCACAAAGUCAAGUCUCCAUUGGAAUGGGCUUGCUUGCAGGUUCAACUGUCAUGCUUCUAACUGUCGUAUGGGGUUCGUGUGUUCUUGUUGGCAAGUGUGACCUGGAUGGUUCAGGUGCUGUUGAUAAAGUGGAUACGAAAGGGUUUAGUUUGACAGGUUCUGGUGUUACUACCGAUAGCUAUACAAGCUAUGCCGCAAGGAUCAUGAUUAUCUCAGUUAUUCCAUUCGUUGUUGUUCAGCUUCUGCAACUUAUCAAUUCAACAUCAGGAAGGCAUGUGGCAGUCUUGAUAGCACUGAUUUUGUCUCUGGUUCUACUGAUCUCGUACUGCCUAUAUCAGGUGUUUCAGCCUUGGAUCCAAAGGAGAAGACUUGCUUAUGCGAAGCACAGGCAGGUUAUUUUUGGAUUCUUAAUACAUGUAAAAAAGCAUGCCCUAGGAAGGCUUAUGACUGAUGAUGGUAAAGUCGACACAGAAAUUGUGGAUAGGCUAUUCAAAACCAUUGAUGAGAAUGACGAUGGCUAUCUCACUGUUAGUGAACUAAAAGCAUUCUUAGUAGGAAUGCGUUUUGAAGAGAUAGAUCUGGAUUGUGGGGAGGCUGUAGAUAAAAUCAUGGCAGAUUUUGAUACCACUAAUGAUAGUCUUCUUUCAAAGGAGGAGUUCAGGAAGGGUAUUGAAAAAUGGGUAAAGCACGCAGUGCAUUCAGGAGAAGGUUCCAGUCUCAGAAAUUUUGGCACAAUGAAGUUUAUUGUUGACGCUCGCCAACAAGCAAAGGAAGAGCAUGAGCAAUUGUUAGGGGCGGAUCCAAGCGAUGAGGUGGUUGAGGGUGUUGAAAAUGCAAAAAUGACCUCCUUGAAAGCAGUGGGGUUUAUGGUUCUUGGAACAGUCAUAGCAGCAGCGUUUGCUGAUCCCUUGGUAGAUGCAGUUGACAACUUCUCAGACGCCACUGGUAUCCCCACUUUCUUCAUUUCGUUUAUUGCACUGCCCUUGGCUACCAAUGCUAGUGAAGCAGUGUCAGCAAUAAUCUUUGCUAGUCGUAAAAAGCAGAGGACAUCAUCACUGACAUUCUCGGAGUUAUACGGGGCAGCGACCAUGAACAAUUUGCUCUGCUUAGCGGUUUUCUUGGCUCUUGUCUACAUCAGAGGACUGACAUGGGACUUCACAUCAGAAGUGCUUAUAAUUGUUAUCGUUUGCAUUGUGAUGGGAUCAUUUGCCAGCUUCCGCACCACCUUUCCUUUGUGGACGACGUCAGUAGCCUUCAUACUUUAUCCUUUCUCCUUGGCGCUGGUCUACGUUCUCGACUAUGUCGUUGGUUGGUCAUAGAUUUGUUCUCAGGGCACCUCAUGGGGAUGCCACAGUUUUCUGUCAUAUUCCUUUUCUGGCUGUUCUCUGUUUGCCAUUGGACAUCUUUUGGAGUAAGAUUUCAUCCGGACUUAUUCCUUAGCUAUACUAAUCUGAGAAAUGGUGUUUUGUAGUGAAAGGAUUAAGAAUUUUGCCAUGUUGCUGAGAUGUUGAAUGAAGCAGUCUGUUUGCGGAA